AGGGCCAGGAACGGGGUCCCUGGGCAUGAUGCUUGUCCUCCUGGUGCAGCUCUGGGCCCUGCAAGGAGCCUCAAGCCUGAGCGUGCAGCAGGGGCCCCAGCGGCUGCAUGUGAGACAGGGCAGUCAGGCGACCCUGGACUGCCACGUGGACCAGGGGCCAGCCUGGGAACGGCUCCGUGUUGUGUGGACCAAGGAUGGGAAUGUCACGUGCCAGCCGUACAUCACCAAUGGCCACCUCAGCCAGGGGCUCUGUGGGCCCCAGGGACGGCUCUCCUGGCAGGCACCCAGCCACCUCACCCUGCGGCUGGACCCUGUGAGCCUCAGCCACAGCGGAACCUACGUGUGCAAGGCGAUCAUAGAGAUUCCUGACUUGGAGAAGGCUGAGGGCAAUGGCACUUGGCUCUCGGUGGACCCAGAUGACCCCCCACAGAACAGAAACCUGACCUCAAGCUUCCGAGGACUCCUCUUCGUGCCGUUGGGGGUGGGGAGCGUGGGUGUGGCUGCAAUGGUGCUAGGCACCUGGUUCUGGGGCCGCCGCCGCCGCUGCCAGCAAAGGGACUCAGGUAACAGCCCAGGAAAUGCAUUCUACGGCAAUGUCCUAUACCGACCCCAGGGGACCCCAAAGAAGAAUGAGAACUCACCUGGAGAUGGGAAGGACCAGAGAGUCCAGAGCAUUUAUUCAACCUCAUUCCCGCAGCUGGUCACCUGCCAGCCCCGCCUGGCACCCAGACCUUGCCCCAGCCCCAGGCCUGGCUAUCCCAUCUCUAAGGUCAGAGUCUCUCCUAGCCCAGGCCCCACUGGGCAGCCAAGACGAAGAGAGUUCCCCUAA